UGUUAACAUAAAGAAGAUAAGCCUAAUGUUGUCUAUCAAAUUACUAUUGUGCUCUCUGUUUUUGUUUAUGUGCCACUUCGCCAUAUCAUGCAACGCAAACAAACAGAGUGAAUACCUCUAUAAGUUUCUUCAGUCACGGAGGUCUCAAAAACCCUCACAUGGAGAAGCUUCUGAUGGAGCUGAACUCGUGGUACAUGUAGUUGAGAACCAAUAUGGGCUUAUGGAAGCUGACAAAGUGAAAGCUUUACCGGGACAACCCCAAGGUGUGGAUUUCGAUCAAUAUGCAGGCUAUGUAACGGUGGAUGCCAAGAAAGGGAGAGCACUGUUCUACUAUUUUGUGGAGUCACCUCAUAAUUCUUCUACCAAGCCUCUUGUUCUAUGGCUAAAUGGAGGGCCUGGAUGCUCUUCCCUGGGGUAUGGAGCCAUGGAAGAACUGGGACCUUUUAGAGUCAACAGUGAUGGAAGAACACUUUACAGAAAUGAAUAUGCAUGGAACAAAGUGGCAAAUGUCAUUUUCCUAGAGUCUCCAGCAGGAGUUGGCUUUUCAUAUUCAAACAAUUCUUCAGACUACUCUAAAAUUGGUGACAAUAGCACAGCCUUGGAUUCUUACACUUUUCUUCUGAACUGGCUUGAGAGAUUUCCACAGUAUAAAACUCGUGACUUUUUCAUAACUGGAGAAAGCUAUGCUGGUCAUUAUGUUCCUCAACUAGCUGACACUAUUCUCUCAAAUAAUAAGCUAAGUACAAAUCACACUGUGAUCAACCUGAAAGGAAUUGCGAUUGGGAACGGUUGGAUAGAUGAUAGUAUGUGCUCAAAGGGAAUGUAUGACUAUUUCUGGACACAUGCGCUUAACUCUGACGAAACCCAUGAAGGAAUUGAAAGACAUUGUGACUUUGAGAGCGUUGACUUUACAAGUGAAUGUUACAAAUAUCAGAGUACAGCGGAUGAUGAGGUUGGAAACCUUAAUAUAUACAACCUAUAUGCUUCACCUUGUGAUUUAGCUGCAACAAAAACUGGUGCUAGUCCAGCCACUUUCUCUGGAAACAACUUCGACCCUUGUUCUGACGAUUAUACCAAUUCCUACUUAAAUCUGGCUGAGGUUCAAGAGGCUCUUCAUGCUAAAGCCUCGAAAUGGGUUGCUUGCAGCGGAGUGGGUUGGACAGAUAGCCCUGCAACUAUUCUACCCACCAUAAAUCGGUUAAUAUCAAGUGGCAUAAGCACCUGGAUAUAUAGUGGCGAUACAGAUGGACGUGUUCCCAUAACAUCAUCUAGGUAUUCAGUAAAUGCAAUGAAACUUCCAGUGGAGACAGAAUGGCGUCCAUGGUACUCUGGCAAUGAGGUUGGAGGAUACGUGGUUGGGUACAAAGGGCUCACACUCGUCACUGUAAGAGGAGCAGGGCACACGGUUCCAAGCUACCAACCACAGCGAGCACUAACCAUGAUUUCAUUUUUCCUUCGUGGAGAACUUCCUCCUAAAUUAACCUCCUAAGUCUCUUUGGAAUUUCAUUAAAUUUGAUGUGAAAAUUUGAUAGAUGAGUUUCAUAGGAAAAUUCAUCUAUAAAAUUUUCAC